AUGGCUGCAAAUGGUGAAAAGAUACACGAUAAACUAAUCAACGGCCGGCAACUGAAGUGUGUUCAAGGGGGCACAACCGCAAUUCCAGGUGCAUUCGGUUGCGGUAAAACGGUGAUUUCACAAUCCUUGUCGAAAUAUUCCAAUUCGGAUAUCAUUGUUUACGUCGGCUGUGGAGAAAGAGGAAAUGAAAUGUCCGAAGUCUUACGUGAUUUCCCCGAGCUUACUGUUGAGCUGGAUGGAAAACAGGAGUCUAUCAUGCAACGUACUGCUCUUGUGGCAAAUACCUCCAAUAUGCCUGUGGCUGCUCGUGAGGCCUCCAUCUAUACGGGAAUCACUCUGUCCGAGUACUUCCGAGAUAUGGGUUACAAUGUGAGCAUGAUGGCCGAUUCGACCAGUCGUUGGGCCGAAGCGUUGCGUGAGAUUUCCGGUCGUCUCGCCGAAAUGCCCGCCGAUUCUGGUUAUCCGGCUUACUUGGGAGCUCGUCUGGCCAGGUAA